UACCACACCUAGUCGUCACGUCACGCCGCUAGUUACACCAGCCGUUCAGUAGAAGCUCUCGUUGCUGCUGCGACUACCACAUCCCUGUCCGCCUGCACUCGUGAUACGCGAAAGCUUCCUGUCCUGUUGAUUGCCCACUGGCCCACUGACCCACUGGGCGUUGCUGCGCGCGUGCUGAUAAGUGGGUGCAACUCGGCACGACGACAAACUCCCCGGUAGUCGAUCCGCACGUUCCACCCGACGCGUGCGGAGCGAUUCAUCCAUCCCCCGCCGCUUCCGCUUGUUGCUGACGCCGCCUCAGCUGCCCGCGCCCUUGAUCGCCUCCACUCAGCGACGCACCUCGCGCGCUAGUGGAGCCCCGCCGUUGCGGACCUGCAGCGCGGCCACAGCGCGCGCCACUCCGCCUCGUCGGCUCCCCCCCGCGCCCUCCCAUGUCCGCGCAUAAGGCUCCCCCCGGCCGCGACUUCGCGUACCCCGCCGUGGGGGCAUACGACCGCCGCGCGGCCGCUCCCGCCAGCGGGCCCGCCGCCAUGUACCCGCGCGUGGCGCACCCCGUGGCCUCCGCCUCCCCGCUCCCCGGCGCGGGCGGCACGUCCCUCCACAUGCCGCAUAUGUCUGCCGUCGGCGCGGGUGCGCCUGGCGGGGGCAUGGGCGGAAUGGGCGGACACGGCGCAGGUGGCGGGGCUUCAGAACUUGCUGCAGGUGCUUUGGGCCCCGCGCCCAUCGCCAUGGCCAUCAAGACCCAGCUGCGGGUGGCACAGCCACCCACCCCCCCUCUGGCUCCAGUGCAGCCGGUGCCGGUGAGCGCAGCGGCGUUUGACUUUGACGUGGAGAAGCAGCUGCUGUCCCACGCGUCCGCGCUCAGGCAGCCCACCAGCGUGGCGGUGAAGCGAGAGCUGGACCCACGAGCCGCCAAGUACGUGCAGAUGGGCAUGGAGCGGGAGGCCGUCAUCAUGGCGCUCGCCAUUCAGGGCGACUCGCACUCUCAGGUGGUGGACUUCUGCAACUCCUACACACUGCUCAGAGAAAUGGGCUUCCACCCCGUGGCCGUGGCUGGCUGUCUGGCUCUCUGCGGCAACGACCGUGACAGGGCCCUGCAGCUGCUAGUGGCGUGAAGACUCCAUGAUUGUCAUACCAUAUGUGAAUGUAUGUCCAUGUGAUAUUGCUAUCGGUUUAGUGAGUUUAUCGUGUAAACAAGCCUAAGGCCGACCUUCCACUAAGUUCUGAUGUUCGC